CACCAUGAAAACUAUAUGCAUCGCUUCGUCUAUCUUGUAGCUAGCCCCUCAUGAUUUUCCCCUGAGGAUAUUAUUUUGUUGUUGAUGUCCAGUGGCCGGGGAGGUGUGAGGGCAUGUGGAGGGCAUUCGCGGCGUCGGGAGGACAGCUUGGGAGACCGGCGACAGGAAGGCUGCAGAUGGCAAUGCAAGACGGAAUAGAUGUAUUAUCCUACAGACAGUAAGCUAUAGACAGAUCCAGACCUUCAUUCGACGACAAUAUCUAGAGAAUUCGUCGUCGUAGGGGCUGAAGACACUGCCGGGCGUGGACAUACAAUCCCACACCGUAUAGUGGGCAAGGCCGACCUGCAAUUUCGCACUUUGAUAUCGUCGUUCCACCCACCACGAACCUUCAACAUUCCUUCAUCCCCAACACCACACGACAACCACCACCAUCAACACCACCACCAACAACAACAGCAACGACAACACCAACAACAACACCACCACCAACACCACCAAUGGCUGCCAGCAGCCAAGCAACAGAGAGGGGGGAGAGGGCGCCACCAGUUGGCAAGGACCCCUCCUCUAUCCAGCAAUGGAUAGAGGAGGUGGAGAGCGAAGAAGAAGAGGAAGAAGAAGAAGACGACGACGAUGGGUCGCCGCAGGAGUCGGAGGGGGAUGAGAAUCCCACCGAAGACGAAGACGAAGAGGACUGUGCCUGGGACUGCUGUCGCUGCUCCUCCGAGGCACAGGAGGGGGACUCAGUCUCCAUAGCUAUCAAAGGGAAAGCCAAUUCCGCCAGGAAUUGAGCCUACAU